GAAGAUGGGUAGGCAUCUAGGCUUCAGAGCCUGAGCUUCAGUGCAAGCCGCAUCUUCAAAGCGCUGUCUGUAUGGCUAUUGUUAGAGCACUAGUGUGAACCUCGCUAGCCUGAGUCGAUUGACCUGGGCCGGGAGGCACAUUCCAAAAUGCUGUAUAGACGUACCCAAAGAAACGGCCUCUCAGUGUUUUAGCCAGUGCUGCUUACUGUGGUGAUGGGAUGUGUUGAGACCUCUGACGUGCAUCCUUGGUUGGUGAAGGUCAGUGGAGAAAUACUGUCUGUUCCACUGUAUUGCCUCCCCUUACAGGAGAGUGUCAGCUGAUCUUGAAGCUAUUGUGAAACCUCUGCUUAAGAAACACUCUUGACACUGCUAACUUUGCCACUUACUGAUCUAUUUACACGUUCGUUUUUUUGGGAUAGGUCAUUGAAGGUUGUGGCAGGCCAAAUCUGGUGAUAAGACGAUUAUUAAAUUUCUUUGACCGUUGUCAAACUAAUUCAAUCAAACAGGAGAACCUGUCUUUAAAAUUAGCCUUACCGCAGGUGAGACUGAACUCACUAAUAAUUAGGUUAAAUAACAAGUUUCUGUCUGAACAGCGGUUGGUAAUUCUACCUUUUCAGUGGUAUUGAGAAGCUGGGGGAGGCACUAUGAAGAACUAGAGUUCACAGUACUACAGCAAAAGUACUAGUUUUUGCUCUUAAAAGGGCCUUCAAUUGAUAAUUCAAGCUUUUUACAGUCUGGGUUUCAAAGUAGUUCUUGUGUAGAACAGUAUCCUUUCCCUCACCUUAUUUAUUCAUACUUACACUCAUACAAGUUUAGAAUUCAUUUGAAUUUGGUUUGGCUUUGGGUGGAACUCCGUGAUCACAUUACCAAAUACCGUACCUUUGGUGCCAAGAGGAAUUACAGAAUAUGAUAACGAAUAUAAAUUCCUUAAAGUAUCUCAAAGCAUAGAAAUAUGCUUGAAACCAAACGGGCUCCAGAUUGCUAAACUUCUGCAGAUCCAGUGGUACAAGUUCCCUUAUAUGAAAAAAGGGUUAAGAGUACUUUUAGAUGAAUCACAUGGGGAUGUGGUUGGCAGCUCUAGACAGAUUUCAGUCAAGAGGAGAGCUAGUACAUGCAAAAUGGACACAGUUUUUAACCACAGCUCUCAUAAGAGCAGCUUUAUGGAACAAGUUACUUUGAGUCCACGUGCCUUGGAAUGAAAGUCAAAGAGGCAGAGACCAGAGAAGUGUCCUUUCAGUUGGCAACUUCAGCACUGUAUUUAAGGUUGAAGGUAUCAGAUCAGAUGUGGGAAGAUGUUGGCUGUGGACACAGGAGUUGUGGAGGAGUGGUUAUCAGAGUUCAAGACCCUUCCAGAAGCUUCUAUCUCUAACUAUGCUACAAAUUUGAAAGACAAGAGUUCUCUGGUUUCAUCUUUAUACAAAGUUAUCCGGGAGCCACAGAGUGAGUCGCAUCUUAUAUUAUUCCAGCUGCUAGAGCCAGUUUGCCACCAACUUUUUGAGUUCUAUCGCAGUGGAGAGGAACGACUACUACGAUUCACCCUGCAGUUUCUGCCAGAAUUGAUGUGGUGUUACCUGGCAGUCUCAGCCAGCAGAGAUCUGCAGAGCAGUGGCUGCAUAGAGGCUCUUCUCCUAGGAGUUUACAACUUGGAAAUAGUUGACAAACAGGGGCAUAGUAAAGUGCUGAGUUUCACAAUUCCAUCCUUGUCCAAACCUUCAGUGUAUCAUGAACCUUCCAGCAUUGGUUCCAUGGCUCUUACAGAGGGAGCUUUAUCCCAGCAUGGUUUGUCCAGGGUGGUGUACAGUGGACCUCAUCCUCAAAGAGAGAUGUUAACAGCACAAAACAGGUUUGAAGUGCUGACAUUCCUCCUGCUGUGUUAUAAUGCUACCUUAAGCUACAUGCCUGCAGUUUCUCUUCAAUCAUUGUGUCAAAUUUGCUCAAGAAUCUGUGUCUGUGGAUAUCCUCGGCAACAAGUAAGAAAAUACAAAGGAGUAAAUAGCAGGAUUCCAGUUUCUUCUGAAUUCAUGGUGCAAAUGCUAACUGGGAUUUACUAUGCCUUUUAUAAUGGAGAAUGGGAUCUAGCUCGUAAAGCAAUGGAUGACAUUUUAUAUAGAGCUCAGCUGGAGUUGUAUCCAGAACCACUGCUGGUUGCUAAUGCAAUAAAGGCCUCACUGCCUCAAGGUGCCAUGAAAUCUAGUAAAGAAGGUACAAGAUGUAUUCAGGUUGAAAUUACGCCCACUUCAUCUAGAAUAUCAAGAAAUGCUGUGACUAGCAUGUCUAUCCGGGGGCACAGAUGGAAGAGACAUGAACAACCAGAGAAUGAUAAUACUGAUCUAGCAAUUCCAGAAGAACUGAUAGAAGUAUCUGAGGUUGAUGAAGGGUUUUACUCUAGAGCUACUUCUAGCACAAGCCAAUCUGCCUUAUCAAACAGCAACAACACCAGCAGCAAGAUCCUUUUAGGGAAGAGCCAACGAAGGUCUGGAGGAAACAAAGCUGGGGGGAAAGAAAAAGAAGCUUCUGGGGAAUCCUGCAAAGAAGACAUUUCUCGAAAACAAACUCAAAGAGCCCUGAGUGAGAAUUUAGAUCUUCUGUCUUUAAAGAGACUGACAUUAACUACUAGCCAAUCCCUGCCUAAGCCUGGCAGUCAUAGUUUGGCUAGAACUACCACUACUGUUUUUAGUAAAUCCUUUGAGCAGGUCAGCGGUAUCACAGUUCCAAAUAACCGUAGUGGUGGAAAUGGUACUGAAGCAAAUAGGUUUUCAGCAUGUAGUCUUCAAGAGGAAAAAUUGAUAUAUGGAGCAGAAAGAAUAGAUCUUCCCAUUUCAAACAAACAGUCAAAUCAGCAACGACCUCCUAGCAUCAGCAUAACACUGUCAACAGAUUGAUGUUUGACAAAUUACUUAAUAUGAAAAAGGAAUCUGGAGAUUCCGUUGAUAGUGUUGUACAUUGUGCUCCCCAUCUUCCCCUUUUAAAAUCUCCUCCAAAUUCUUGAUAUCGUUAGAGCUUGGCUUGCAUUUGACAGUGUGUCUAGAUUACAAUUUCAAACUAUUUUGCAUUGUUUCAAAUGUUAUUAAUAGCCUACAGCAUUUUUUUUUACACUUGCACUUCCUAUUAUUUACGUCCCCCAGUUGUUAACAAACAUUGGCAGCCUCUGUUUAGCCAUGCUGGCAUAGAGUGUCUGUGUGUUGUAAAAUAUAGACUGCAGAGCAAAGGGAUCCUCUUUCUCAGGAUGUAGCUGUUAAGUAACUACAUUGCAUCAGUGACUGAAGUUUUCUGUUAACAGGGGUUUGUGACUCAGGAAUGAAAUUUGGGAUGACAUUGGAAUAGGUCCAUACAAUAAAAUCAAGCAUCGCAGACCAGGCCAGAGAAAAUGUGCUAAUGUGAGAGAUGAACUUUGUUAUAGGCCUACAGCUAGAAGCACCAGUUGAGUGUUCCAUGUUAAAUGGAAACUUUCAUAACAGUGGGCCAGAUCUUUGCAUGUGCCUGACUUAAUUCACAAACUCCAAUGUGUUUGCACACCACUUGAGUUGCAUAUUCCUGUAAGUAUAUGGGUAUAUGCAAACUGAGUUUUUUGUACGAUAUGUCUCUGUAAACACUUGGUUGAAAACUUGGCUCCAAAAGUCAUGCAAUGGCAGAUCAAACUUCUGCUGGGGACAGGAGUUUUCUGUGAUGAAAAUGCCAUAAUACUCAGAAACGUGACUAAAAAUGGCACUGGGUGGGUUCCAUGUUUGAUUCUGAGUUACCAAAUGUGCUCAGUUCAAAAGCGCCAAAAAUAAACUAAACUAAAUAAAUAAAAUUCCACCAGUCCUGUUAACUUAAAGUGGAGUCUAGGAGGGAAGGUUGUUUUUUUUUUUAUUAUUUCUGGCUCAAAGUUUCACUGGCAACAAAUAUUAUUCAACUGGAACUCUGUGAUCAAUUCUGAUGAGUGAGCUAGAAGAGCUUCCUGCUGUUUCCCCUAGCUGCAUUGACUGCAAUACCAGUCUGUUUAGUCACAUUUUUUACCCGUAACCAUGUUUGAAGAUCCAGGAUAGUCAGGCUGCUGGGAAAGACUGUAAACAGAUUUUUCUUUCCAUUUCUUCUGCGGUGUGGUGGGAUGCAGAAUUACAAAGGAGCAAGUCCUCCUCCCAAACUUCCCUCCUGCCCACUCUGAGCCACUAUGUUCUGUCAGGACAUGCAGUGACUUUGGUUUCUUAUCUAAGUCAUCAGGAGUAGGCACAAAGCUACUAAUUAGAAAGUCAUUAUCAGCAUUUUUCAUCACUCUGUGGAAAAUGUUCAUAAUUACAAUAUCAGUAUGUUUAUGCUGAUUUUGACACCUGUUGCAUUGAAUCAAGCACAUAAUUUUAAUGGAAUAAUGUGUUUAAAGAGCAGGCUUGUUCUUGAAUGAGACUAGGACAAUAUUACAAAAGGACAUAUACAAAUUAAGAAUCUUGCAAGCACAAAGGGAAAUGAUACUGUAAUUAUUUUAUACCUAAUUUCAUUUAUGUUGUAACUUAAUGUUGUUGUAACUUUCAUUUAUGUUGUAACAUAUAACUCAUGUCACCAUUAUUUUGCCAGUUUGAAACUACAAAAUAUCAACAUUCUUUAAGGUUACUAUAGUAGUGUUUUAAAAAAAUCUUAUUAGCUGAGAUUAUAGCUUUAACAAUGCUUAUUGAUUGCAAGCUACACACAAAUGGGGAGAAGAGAAGCUGGCAAUAACCACUCCUCGAAAAGUGAGGGAGUGUUUUACAUUGUAUAACUAUGUGGUCUUUUCUCAGGGGAAGUGGAGAAAGUAAAAGGGAGGUCUAAUGUAUAUCCAUUCAUGAGUAUUCAGAUCUCUUUGGUGAGGUUCCUUUAUAGGCCAAAAAUGUCAAAGGGCAGCAUGACACAGAGCAAGGACUAAAGCUUUUUUAGACUUCCCCUAGUUGAGUUUUGCCCUGAGAUCCGUUCUUGAUUUGACUGAAAACUAAAGCACAAAUACAUUUAAAUAAGCUCUCAUUGUAGACUGUCUGCAGCCUCUUAAGCACCUUUUAGAGUGGGGUGACAAUGUUGUGUUAAAUUUUGUUAAUUUCCAGCCAUUGCAUAUUUAUAGCAUCCAAACCACAGGCAGUGGAAGAGUAUUGGGGAGCUGGUAAGAGGUAUUACUAGGUAAUGUCUACAUAAUAGACAUUCUGCAUUUAAGAUAACUUGAAAUUCCUUCUGGGAGACCAAGAAGGGAUGUCCACUAGAGUUUUGCACAAGAUCCUUUCCUAGUUCUCACUAAGCAGAAAGCACAGCCUUCCUCUGAUUUCCUAGCUGUAGGGUAAUACAAUUUUAAAAUUUAACUUGAACUGUACCUUUAAGUUGACUUAUAACUUAUUGAUUUAAACUGUAAUUCCAGUAAACUUUUUAUCAUGACAGUAUUAAGCAUGGAUUAGCUUUAAGAACAAAUUUGUAUUUUAAGUAGUUUCUUUUCUAGAGAAAUUGUGAUUUUUUUUAAAAAUUGUCUCCAUAGUAGUUAAACCCCCUUUUUGAUUCAAUAGUGGUAGAAAAGAUUUUGCUAUACUGGAAGAUCCAGCCAUUUAAGUUUGAAGCUACAGAGUAACCGAAUUAACUGUCUUUUUUAGAAGUGUAUUUGAAAUGCCAGGGAUACAAAUGAGUAACUUUAAUGUUUACAAAGCUGUCACUUGACUGUUCUCCAAACUACAGAUCAAAUGGUAUUUUUUAAAAGGGUAAACUGGUUUUAUCUUGCACAUUUAGUCAUUCUAACUUUGGCUGUUGGGUUUUUUUCUUCCUAGGCUUAAAUAAAUGUUAAAACAAAAUGAUAAAACCCACAUUCCUCUUAUACAAUAGAAUUUAUAUAAGGUUUUAUGGUUUUCAAGUAAAUGUGAUUUAAAGGAAAGAUUUCUUAAUGCUAAAGGGCUACUGCUUCUUCUUACACAUGCAGCUUUAUGUACAUAAGUCUUUAUAAGCCUAUCUAUAUGGUUUAUUCAUUGAGUACAUUUUGUGUAACUGCCACAACCUAGGUCCUGACAAUACUGAAAUUUUACUCUAACAACCUUUUUAUAACCAUAAGUAUUUAAGCUUAUAACUGUAUUAUUUAAACAACUGCAGGAAAGUUUUAGGAAUAAGUAUGUUUAGCUUCGUAUCUGAGACUGUCCAAAUACCCACCAAGACUUCUACUUGGAGACCGUGUUAAUUAGUGAAUCUCGAGAGUUUUUAAACUUAAAUUUUAUACUAAUCAAGUUUGUAUUGAGAAUAUAAAAGUUUUCUUUUUUUAAAGUAAAUGUUAUUGUAGUCUUAAGAAAUUACAUCUAUAUUGUACAAUGGUAGUUCAUUUUGAAUGAAUACAUUUCAGGAGUUACCACCAUUUAAUAGAAUAUUCUGUAGAAGUAAAAAAAAGAUCUCAUUUAAAAACAAAAAACUCAAAUAAGUGGUACUAAAGAAAAAAAUAGCUAAUGCUUAUACUUAGGUUUGAACUCCAUUUCAUUAUGUCAAAUGGAAAUGUUUCCAGUGCUGCAUUAACACAGCAAAAUCUAACAUCAAAGUAUUUGAUUACCUAAAGAUUAACAGUGAACUACUAUUUCCUGUUGUCUAGAACUAGGACACUUUUGUGCAAAGAUUGUAGACAUUUUAACCACCUUAUGUAGCUAUGUUCUGUAGUAAUUUUUUUUGUUGAGAAAUUGUUGACAUUCAUGAAAGGUUAUUGGAGUUCCUAUUGCUAGAAAAAGUAAUACUUAAAAAAAAAAACUUUCUAGAGGUAACCAGGCUCCUUUUGAUUAGCAUAAGGAUUAUACAAGUUUUUAGUUUAGUAAUUAUGGCAAAUAUUUCUUUAGUCAAAGUUUAAUUUUUGAGGUUUAAAAUGCUGUAUAUAGAUGUGUAACAUAUUGGAUUUUGUAUCUGUGUAACUCCAUUUCUAAAAGACUGCAACAAUGGACUAGAUGUAUAUUUUUAGUAACACAGGUCUAUGGAAUAACUGCAUCAGUUCACAGGUGUUCUCAGUCUUAACUUGAAAGGUUAAGUUGAAAUGAAAGUGCCACACUUUUUCAUAUUUUUCAUGUUUUGCAUCGUUUGUGUGAUUAUUUUUCUGUCUUCUAUUUUGGUAAUGCAGUGUUUCACUUUCUAUAUAGUAAAAUAUGUUUUAAAUUGUACUCUAGAGUUAAUAUUCCUGAAGUAUAAACCAUGAAUUUGCAUUGUUUUGUGUUUAAUAUUUUUGGCCAUUGGAAUAAACAAACUGGAAUUUUG